AUGAAGAAACCAUGUACAAUUAGUACGACUCCUUCAAGAGAAGACUCAUUCUCCCUCCUCCCCUUCCUCCCCUCCCUCCCCUCAUCCCUCCCCCUUCCGCCCCAGAAAACUCGCCCCUCCCCAUACCUCUCCCUUCCCCUCUUCCUCCGCCUCUCCCCCCACCUCUCCCCCCUCCUCCCAUCCCCCCUCCUGGAUGUCCCGGGCCUUCUCCCGGACCUCCCUGCCACCGAACCUGCGGCGGAGGCAUGGGUUCGUUCGGACCUCCCACCAUGCCCCGAGGAGGAGGCUCGGGAAAACCGAGGCUCGGAGAAUCCCUGCCUCCCCGGGCCUGGAGGCUCAGAGAACCCCUGCCUUCCCAGACCGGAAGCUCUGGGGAAGGGGCGGGGGAAGGAUGGGGAGGGCCCUGUCUCCCCUGGGGAGGAUGGGGGCCGUGGGGAGCAUGGGAGGGAUGGGGGGCGUGUUGGGGAUGGGGAGGAUAAGGACUUGACUGGGGGGGAUGGUUCGGGGGAUGGGGAGAUGAGUGGGAGGGGAGGGGGUGGAGCAUGUGAGGGGGAAGGUGGGGGGAUGGGUGAGAGGAGGGGUGUGGUUGGCCUUGAGAGGGGGGAUGGGGUGAGGCAUGAGGGGGAUGAGUUGGAGGUCCAUGUGGGGGACCAUGAGGUCCAGAAUGUGGUCCAGAGUGAGGCCCGGUACCCCUCCACAACCAUCCGAACCUCUUCAAACACCUGCACCACCGAUUGGUACCCCCCUGAAAACAACCUCUCCUCCACGCCUCCCAUCGUCAACCCCAUCCCCUCCAUCUCCCCUCCUCCCCUUCCUCCUCCUCUCCCUCCACCCCUUCCUCCUCCUCUACCUCCUCUUCCUCCACCUCCCCCGCUCCUUGCGCUUUGCGGUAAUGGUGGGGGGGAGGAAAAACCGGUCUCUCUUCUCUCCCCCAUCCCUCUUCCCUCUCUCAUCCCUCCUCCCUCUCUCAUCCCCCCUCCCUCUCUCAUCCCCCCUCCCUCGCCCAUCCCUCUUCCGUCCCUCAUCCCGCCUCCCUCUCUCAUCCCGCCUCCCUCCCUCAUCCCCCCACCCCCACGUGCUGCUGCUGCUGUGCCGAACCUACCUCCUCCUGGUUCCCUCCCCUCUUCUGAACCUGACCUGAAGCCUGGAGGGUUGCCGAACCUGUCAUCUCGAGCCUCGUUCCUCUCUGUCCUGUCUCCCCAAACCUCACCCUCACCGAACCUCUCAUUCCGAACCUCACUGCCACCGAACCUGUCCCUCUCAUCCCUCCCCUGGAAACCCCUCGGUGUUGAAACCCCCCUUCCAGGAAAUUCCCCUCCUCUUCCCCCCUGCCCUCUUCCUCCCUCCUGUCUCCCUCCCCCUCGCCCUCCCCUCCCCACUCCCUCCCUCCCCCCUCCUCUCCCUCCCCCCCUUCCCGCCCUCCCUCCUCCCCUCCCUCCUUCCCUCCCCCUUUCUCGUCCUCUACCUUCACCACUCCCCACUGCACUCAACCGCACUGCACUCUCUGGUGGGGGCCCAGGAGGUGGGGGUGGUGGCGGCAGCAAUUGUGGCCCUGCAAAACCAGCACCAGCAGCAGCAGAAGAAUCCGAACCAGCAGCAAAACCAGCACGAGCAGCAGAACCAAAACCAGAAGCAGAAGCAGAGGCAGAAGCAGAGGCAGAAGCAGAGGCAGAAGCAGAGGCAGAAGCAGAGGCAGAAGCAGAGGCAGAAGCAGAGGCAGAAGCAGAGGCAGAAGCAGAGGCAGAAGCAGAGGCAGAGGCAAGGGACAUUCUUGGUGUAGGCAGCGGUGGUGGUGGCGGUAAUGCUGAUUACGAUUCACCUGCCAUUGCUCCUGUCCCACCUGCAUUGCACCCUCCUCCUUCAUCUCCCCUUCCUCCCCCCUCUCCCCUUCCUCCAUCCCCUCUCCCCACUCCCCUCUCCCCUCCUCCCAUCCCUCCUCUCUUCCCCACUCUCUCUCCUCUCCCUCCUCCCACUCCCCUUCCUCUGCCUCCCCUUCCUCCCUCUCCUCUUCUCCCACCCUCUCCCCCUCCCUCACACCCUCUUGCAACUCUCCCUUUCUCAAUCCUCCCUCACUUCCUCUCCUCUCCCCUCUCUCACUCCACUCCUUCUCCCAAGACCCUCCCUUUUCACCCCUACCCACCAAGCCUACUCCAAUCCCCAUCCCACCAUCCUUCCCCCUCUCUCUACCACCAUCACUCUCCGCUCAACAUCCCUCUGCUAUCUUUACUCCCCUCAGCACAAACCCUCCUUACCGUCUCCUCGCUUCUCUCACUCUCCCUCCUCUCCCUCCCUCUGCUCCUCUCCCGCUCCCCGUCCCUUCCCCUUUCCAACUGCCCCUCCUCUCCUCGUCUCUCAUGCUCCCUCCUCUCCUUAUUCUCCCUGCUCUCUCUCCUCUCUCUACUCUCCCUAUUCUCCCUCCCAUCCUCGCUUCUCUCUCUACCACCUAAGGCUCGAUGCUCCUGCUUACCUCUAUCCAUCCCCACACCAGCAGCAGUACGAUCCCCCCUAUCCUUCUCCUCCCCUCCCACCCUCCCCUUCUCACUGACCCUUUCCCUCCCCCUCUCCCACACCCCCUCCCUCACCCCCUCUUUCUCCCCCUCUCUCUCCACUCCCUUUUCUCUCUCCCUCUCUCUGCCUCGUUCCCUCUCCCUCUCCCUCUCCCUCUCCCUCUCCCUCUCCCUCUCCCUCUCCCUCUCCCUCUCCCCCUCCCUCUCCCUCUUCCCUCUCGCUUUCUCUCCUUCCUCCCCCUCUCUUUUUCUCUCCUUCUCGCUUCCUCUAGACCUUUCCCCCUCUCUCCUUUCCCCCUCUCUCCUUUCCCCCUCUCUCCUUUCCCCUUCUCUCCUUUCAUCCCUCUCUUCUCCCUUUUUAUCCCCCACUCCUUCCCUCUCCCUCUCCCUCCCCCUCUCCCUCUCCCUCUCCCUCUCCCCAGCCCUUCCAUCCCCCUCUCUUCUGUCUCUCUCCUUUUCAUCCCUUCUGCCUCUCACCUCAAACUCCUUCCUCUCCUCCUUACUCCUUUCCCCCUUCCUUCUCUCCUCGCUCCUCCUCUCCUCCCUCCUCCUCCACUCCUCACUCCUUUCACGCACUUCCACCACCCUCCUCCCCUCAACCACCACCCCAUCACUCCCUUCCCUAGCCCUGACACUCUCCCUCCCUCUCUCCUUCUCACUCGCCCUGUCCUCAUCCCUCUUCCUAGACUCACUACUCAAACCAAAAGCAGUUUCUUUGUUUCUCUCCCCCCCCCCAACGCCCUCCUCUCGCUCUCUCUCCCCUCCUUCCACCCCUCUUUCUACCCACUCCUCUCCCUUCGUUCCCUUCGCAUCUCCCUCAUCCUCUCCACCUUCCUCCUUCCUCUCUUGUCCCUGCUCUUCCUGCUCACGACUCCCCCCACCUGCCCCACUCUCAGCCUUGACCUCUUCUGCAGCCUCUCCCUUCCUCUCUCCUGCUCCUCCCACACCAAUCUUGCCUUUCGUUUGUUUCUCCCCAAAACGGCCAUCCAACACUUGA